GUUCAACUGAGGCUCUACCGGAACCCGACGAAGGACCGGGAUGACGGCCAGCGAGGAGACAAGGUCCGCACACAUUCGAGGAGAGAGGCGCUAUCCGCCCGUGGCUUGGCAAAGUCAAAGCACCCACUAUCACAAAGGCUUUUCGGGUUCAAAGGAAAGCCCCGCUAUCCCUCAGCCAUCCUACUAUCUGCAAUGACAAUAUCGUCACCGAGAAUACUUGACUUCGGCUUUCAAUCUAAGACCAGUGGUCUUUUCGCCCCCGUCAAAGAGGCCUAA